AUGACCAGCAUUUGGAGCCUCUCCUCGGCCCUCGGUCAUAUCCUGGCUAUCAUCCCCGAUGUCACUCACUUAUUGUCAGUCUUACUCGUUGUUAUCCUGCAGAUAUGCCUGAAGGUGUCUUUUGCUCCCGCCCGCAGGCCAGACCUGUCUAAUAUACCGGGUCCGUGGUACACCCGCGUCAGCCAUAUGUGGUUUUUCUACCAACGUUGGCAUGGCCGCCUGGCCCCGGCCUCGCACGCCAUCCUCCUCUCCCACGGCGACGAAACUAACGGCAUCGUUCGCCUCAGCCCCACCGUCGUCCUGCUCAACGAUAUGCCUUCCCUCAAAACCCUGUUUGGCAAGCAAGAUGCCGCCACCGGCACCAAGAUUGUGCGCGCCCUGAACCUGGGCGGUCACAGCUGGAGCAUCAUGGCGCCCGAGUUUGACCUGGCCAGGGGGCGGAGGCAGGCAGUGCAGGCGGCAACGACGGAAACAAACAUGAGGCUGUGGCGGGGAGCGCUCGAGCGUGAAGUGGAGGUCCUGCUGGGUGCCCUGAGAUCCGGCGGGGCUGUUGAUGUGGUCAGGCCGCUACGCAUGCUGACCACCAAGGCCUCGGCGCUGGCCCUCGCCGGGACCGAGAUUUCGGAUGCCACAGCGCACGAGGUGCUCGAGGCUAACGGCCUCUUCAACCGGUGUGUAGCCAACCGUCUGUGCAUGCCCGACGCCAUCCUGUCGAUGCUGGACAUGCUGCCUUGGAGGGAGCACUUGCUAUCCCACACCGGCCUUUUCCGCACCCUCGGGUCGGGAGCAAAGCUCUUCACCUUGGGGGAGAAGCUGAACGACCUCGCCGCUGCAAAAGGCAGCAAUCUGCAAGUGCAGUCGUCCGCGUUGUACCUUCAGCGCAAGCAGAUGCGCAUCGAAGACGGCGUCGAGGACACGGACCUGCUGAGCGCAGACACGGCGGGCGGCCUGCUCGCCGGCUCCGAGACCACGGCCGCGACGCUGGCUUGGAUCCUGUUCGAGCUCAGCCGCCGCCCGGAGCUGGCGGAACGGCUACGGAACGAGCUGACCGCGGCGGACGGAACGACAACGGGAGCAGACCUGCUCGACGCCGUCAUCAAGGAGGAGCUGCGGUACCGCGGGCCCGUGGCGCUGACCAGCAACCGCAUCGUGGGCGCGGGCGGGGCAACGGUUCUCGGCGGCCGGUACUUUCUGCCGGCUGGCACCGUCGUCGUCAUGCACAACCACUCGCUCAGCCGGAGGGAUCCGCGUGGCAGCCAUCACGUGUGGGAUCCCAUGCGGUGGGUGGGCGCAGGUGUUGGAGGCGCUGAUGCUGCUGAUCGCUGCACGGCGCCGUUUGGGUUUGGGAUUCGGAGGUGUCCGGGGAAGACGAUGGCGUGGAUGGUCAUGCGGAAGGUCGUCGCUGCUGUGGUGAAGGGCUUUGUUCUGCAAUGUCCGGCGGAGACUACGGAUGAGACGAUGGAGGCUGUCGAGUUGAACGGUAACAGGCCGCGGAAGGAGGAGUGUCGAUUGAUGUUUUUUCCUCGGGAUAAGAGUCAAGUUGCUUAG